UAUGAGCAUCUCUAUUUCUGCAGAUGUGGCGUACGACAAAUACUAGCACGUCCCGUGCGCAAAGCGCUAGAAAGAAAAUGAGACGUCGUUUCUCCUCUGGAAGUUACAGCCUAGGGAGUGGCUGGGAAGGUUUUACCUACUGCAAAGGCAGCCGCCUCUGGAGGUCUUCCUUCCAUCCCUGCGCCUCCAUCCGGGCCUUCACAACCGACCCGAUGCAAAGCCUUGAGACAGUUAAACGGGGUUAAAGCAAGAAUUUGCCUAGUCGGCAGUUUUCCAAGCGCAGCACCUGGGCUCCCUUCUCUGGACAUCCCCAUUCUGUUACUGCUUUGAAAAAGUCCUUUUGUUUGGCGCGAGGGAGAAAAAACAUCAGGGUCAUCUUUUAGGGCUCCUUUCGCCAACCGCAGUCUUUUGCAUUAGCCCUGCCCGCCGAGAGGCCUCCGCGGUUUCACCUGAGGUUUACGAGCGCAAAUCCGGGGCUCCUGGGCGUGCUCAGCCGCCCUUUGCCUCCGGUUCCCAGUAGCUGCGUGCAGAGGGAGGCCUCCCUCGCCGAACCGCCAGGUGGCGCUCUUGUUGAGGAGACCCCACCUCAGUCACAGACGGUGGGGCAGUUGUCUGGCAACCGAAAGUGGGCGUUCCAAACAAUUGGGACCCCGGAUCUCCCGCGCUCAAGGUCGUGUGCGGCUGUGCGGGCCUCCCAGCCCUCUGAAGAGCUUCUCUCGUCGGGCAUUUUACCAUGCCUCCCACCCGAGACCCUUUCCAGCAGCCUGUGUUGGAUAACGAUGAUUCCUACUUGGGGAAACUGGGGGCUUCCAAGCAACUGCCGUGUAAGAACCCGCCUCACCUUGCUCAGCAGCAGGAGCCCUGGAAUCGGCUCAACGCAACCCAAACGGUCACCUCCAUGAGGCGGAGUGCAUAUUUUUUUGACUCCGAGGUACCGAAGGACGACCUGGAUUUCCGUCUAGCAGCCUUGUACAACCACCACACGGGGGCGUUCAAGGACAAAAGCGAGGUCCUGAUUCACCAGGAGACCAUUCAGGACACGCAGGGAGGCAUCAAGCUCCAGUUCCCUGGAGAAGUUUUACCCCCUCCGUCACCACCCCCCAUCACUUCCCGAGCCAACAUCAGACACUGGAUCAACCCUAAGAAGAACUCCAUCCACAGCAUCCAGGGGUCCAUAGUGUCUCCUCACACUGCAGCCACCAAUGGAGGCUACUCCCGAAAGAAUGAUGGUGGCUUCUUCUCCACCUAAUGUUGACAGGCCCCGGACUAAUUAAUCAGAGUGGAACAUCCUGCUGCCCACCUGCAUUAAAAAUUCUUGUGCAAGAUGAAGCCUGAAGUGUCUGUUACCCAUAGGCUACAAGUUGCCACUAGACUCCUCUUCGAAGAUGGAAGGGGCCCUGGC